AUGAGAAAAUUAUCAUUUUUAUCAACAACGAGUACUAAUCAUUCCAACACGUUGUUUUUCUUCAGACCAAAAAACAUUUUCUUCUUCCCCAAAUGGACUCGUAAUGUGGUUAUAUCAGCAACCAGUGGUAAUGUACCACGACGAUCCAAAAAGAUCGUCGUGAUAAUGGGUGCUACUGGUUGUGGAAAAUCAAAACUCUCUAUCGACCUCGCCACUCAUUUCUUCCCAUCUAUCGAAGUCAUUAACUCCGAUAAAAUCCAAGUUUUCAAUGGUUUAGACAUCACUACAAACAAAAUUUCAAUGACUGAACGCUGCGGUAUCCAUCAUCAUCUUCUCGGAGAGUUCAAACCUACUGAAUCACACCCGGAGUUUUCCUCUUCCGAUUUCCGAUCAGCUGGAGAUUUCAGAAUCAACGAAAUCGUUAAUCGAGGGAAAAUCCCUUUUAUUGUAGGUGGGUCUAACUCAUUCAUCUAUGCUCUGUUAGUAAAACGAUUCGAUUCAGAAUUCGACAUUUUCGAAUCGUUAAAUCCGGUGAUUAACGAGCUUCGUUACCAGUGUUGCUUCAUCUGGGUUGAUGCUAUAGCACCUGUAUUGAAUCAGUAUUUAGAUAAACGAGUCGAUGAAAUGCUCGAUUCGGAGAUGUUUGAAGAGCUAAAAGAGUAUUUCGAGAAAGAGGGGUUUUCCGAUUCCAGUUCCGACGGGAUCCGGAAGGCAAUAGGAGUACCGGAGUUCGAGAAAUACUUUAAAGGGAAGAUAUCAUACGAAGAAGCAGCCAUGGAGAUUAAGGAGAACACAAGGGUAUUGGCAGAAAGACAGGUGAAGAAGAUCAUGCGGCUGAGAGAAGGUGGAUGGAACAUACAAAAAGUGGAUGCCACGGCGACGUUAACGGCGAAAAUGGGGUCGGAAAAAAUGGCCGGCGGCGAGAAUCCGGCGAGGAAAAUUUGGGAAGAACAGGUACUGGAACCAAGUGCCAAGAUUGUGAAGCAGUUCUUGUUGGAGUAGGUCAUUUUCCAGCUAUU